AUGAAUUACUAGAAGAUAGAUGAGAUUAAAAAGUUUUGUGGCUAUUUGCUAGUUUAGACGACUGAGUAGCGUAUUUUGAAUGACAUGUCAUUUUAUUUGUAGACACCUUCAAGAGAAAUUAGAGAAUUAGAUAAAAAAUAAUAAAAAUCAGAUUAGAAAAUAGAAAUAGACUCUAAUCCAGACUCUUAAAAGGAAAAGCAUGAAUAAAAUAUAGGUAAGGAGGUUGAAUUUGAUACGACAAAGAGAGAUGUUUAUAAUUCUAGCCAAAGCUGCUUCAUUGUAAGAUCAGCAACAGAUACUUUUAUCGUGACAAGUGGACUCAUUUUCUUUAACUUUUUGGAAUAAUAAGAGAGAGCUAUUUUAGAAAAGAAAUACGCUCUUGAUCUGACAAACAUAAAUGUGAAUGCUUAGUUCCAUUUAAGCUUGGAAAAAUACCCAAAAGAGUAUAUUUAAAUUACUCCUUUUAAGAUAGUUUUAGAUGAAGAAGUUAUGGAGUUCUUCUAAGAGGUUCGCAAUAAAUCAUUUUCAUAUAAGAAUCAAGCAAAGAUUAACAUUUAAUACGAUGAAAGAAUAGUUAAAAAUACAUCCGUUCUAUUUUUUAAAAUCAAAAGCGAAAAGGAUUUGAAAGAAUUAAAUAGGUACUUAUCAUACACGAAUAUCCCAUACUCAACCAAAAUGCCUACUCAAGGAUAAUAAAUUACAACAAUAUCUUCUCCUUUUGGUAUAUUAAGCUCUUAGCUCUACCACAAUAUUUUAGGUUAAGGUGUAAUAGCAAAUGUCUUUGAUAUUGAAGCUAAUUCUAAAUUAAAGAAAUUCCAUAAGCAUAUAUUGAUGUUAGAUAUGAUUAAUUUUGGUGGUAAGGAAGGAGGUUUGGUCUUGGAUGAAGAAUAAAAUGUAAUUGGUAUGAUGCUACCUUCAUUCAGUUUUUAAGGUGCAAAUAGUGUUUAUUUUUCAUUUGCUAUUUCUGCUAAGACCGUGCUCGAACUAGCUGCUACAAGACUUGAUAAAUUCAAAUCUGUAAAAAAGGAAUAACCCAAGGAGUUUUUGGAGACUAACAAAUUCCUUUAAAAUAUUUGCUUGAUAUAAACAUCAUAUGGGCAUUUUUCUGGCAUAAUUAUUAAUGAUGAGGGAUAUAUUCUAUCUGUAAGACAUGGUUUAGACUUUAUUUCUAAGCAAACUUCAGUUUAAGUUCAUAUAAUUGGUUAUAAUAAAAUGUUGGAAGCAAAUGUAAUUUGCAUCAGUGAAGGAGACUAUGAUGUUUGCCUUCUUAAAAUUAAAGAAAAUAUUAAGCAUAUAGGCUUAAAACCAAUUUCUUUAUACGUUCCUUCCUCAAAAUAACUACUCUUUGAAGGUUCUGAAGUAAUCAGUGUAGGAUAUGGAUUGGUGCAUCCUUCUAAAUUACCUUAAAUUAGUAAUGGAAUAGUGAGCAAAUUUAUAAAAACUUAGUUAGGUGAAGACGCUCUAAUACAAACUAAUGCAAGGAUAUAAAAUGGAAGCAGUGGUGGUGCACUGAUUUCUAAAGGAUGCAAUAAAUUAAUAGGAAUGACUUUAUUUAAUCUCAAACAUAUAAAGUAUGGAAAUAUUUGUGAUUUAAAUUUUUCACUUCACCAUAAAAUACUGGAACCCUUGUUCGACUUGAUAAACAAAAAUGCAUCCAUUGAAGAAAUUAAGUAGCUUUCAUUGUGGAGUUACAAAAAUGACGAAUUAAAAAAAUUACAUUCUCUGCAAACAAUCGAAUAGGUUCCUAAGUAUAAUAUAAGGCCACUUUUAUGA